UUUAAUCUCCUUUUCUCGUCCGCCCCUCUCUUUCUAUCCGUUCUUUCUGUUAAGCUCCGAUUCAUUCUCCAAAGUCCGAACCCUAGCUUCCCUUUCUCUAAUUUCACUCCUUCCUUCAAAUUCCAUUCACAUGCUUCUCUUCUUUUUCUCCUAAAUCAUUUUCCCAUAAAAUAAAUCCAACAAUUAUUUCUUUGUUCCAAUAAUUGAAAAAAAAAAGGAAACCGAGGAGCUAGAUAGAAGAUUCGAGAAAAUAUGACGUCGUCAACAACGAGCGCGGUUUACAUCCACGUCAUCGAAGACGUCAUUAGCAAGGUUCGCGACGAGUUCAUCAACAACGGUGGACCAGGCGAAGCUGUCCUCAAUGAACUCCAAGGACUUUGGGAGACGAAGAUGAUGCAAGCGGGCGCAAUAUGUGGUCCUAUAGAGAGGUCUACGGGUCAGAAGCAACCCACUGCCGGUGGCCCAAUUACGCCAGUGCACGAUCUCAAUGUCCCUUACGAGGGGACUGAGGAGUACGAAACUCCUACUGCUGAUAUGCUUUUCCCUCCGACUCCGUUGCAAACACCUGUUCCUACACCGUUGCCAGGAAGUGCAGAUGGCUCUAUGUAUAACAUCCCUACUGGAAGUAGUGAUUAUCCUACUCCUGUGAAUGAUGGUGCUAGUAAUGCUGAUGUGAAAGGUGGGAGGCCAAGCCCUUACAUGCAAUCUCCUUCUCCUUGGUCAAAUCAAAGGACUCCACUAAGCGUAGAUGUUAAUGUUGCUUAUGUGGAAGGGCGGGAUGAGGUGGACAGAGGAACCUCAAAUCAACCCCUGACACAGGACUUCUUUAUGAUGCCUCCUGGAAAGAGAAAACGUGAGGAUUUUGCUACACAAUAUAACAACGGUGGAUAUAUACCCCAACAAGAUGGAGCUGGGGAUUCUACAUCCGAAGUUGCAAAGACAGAGGGAAGUAAGGGUUGUAAUUUCCUGGGUAGACAUGACUCAGCAACCACUGGCAAAACCAAUAUAUUAGCUCACUUUGCUACAUCAUCACUGAAGAUUUCUCAACUGGAUGGACCAAUUCCUGAUCCAUUUGAAGAUAUGCUUUCCACUCCCAAUAUAUACAAUUAUCAAGGAGUUGUCGGUGAAGACUAUAAUGUAGCGAACACACCGGCUCCCAAUGACCUUCAGGCUGCCACUCCUGCCCCUGUUGCCCAAAAUGAUACAGGAGACGACGACGAUGAUGAACCAUUGAAUGAAGAUGACGAUGAUGAUGAUUUGGAUGAUGUGGACCAGGAGGAGCUGAACACGCAGCAUCUAGUUUUGGCUCAAUUUGAUAAGGUAACACGUACAAAGAGCCGAUGGAAAUGCACCCUGAAGGAUGGCAUCAUGCAUAUAAACAAUAAGGACAUUCUCUUUAAUAAGGCAACAGGCGAAUUUGACUUCUGAUUUUGUUAGAGAAAUGUCUAUUUUGCCAUAUUAUAUUGCAGCAGUUACUCUUAAAGAGAGAGUCAAGGGGUAUUACUGGGUGUUUCGUAAUUUUUCUUUAAUUGAAAUUAAAGUGAGAGCUUGAUGGAAGGGCAUGGGAUUCCUUUAUUUUUAAUGUCUUCCAUAAGACUUGGUUGGAUGAUUGUGGUAUUGUACAUAAACAAUGGAGGUUUUUCGGCCCUGGAAUGGAUUACUAGCUGAGAUGCUCCAUUAAGUUCUAAAAAUUUUCUGCAAUGAAAUACCUAAUUUCGUUUA